AUGGUAAUCAGCACCGGCGUUCAACUGUCAGAAGUGCUGACGGACUUUCAAGUUUACCUCAAACAAGCCCGUGAAUACAAACAAACCCUCCUGAUCGAAAACGGUAUGAUGGCAGUGCAAUACAUGGACGGGCUCAUGGGAAAUGACCCUCAAAAUGAGAGCACCGACACUCACACAACGAGGAACGACAAGAAGCUGUCUUCUAUGAUGACCCUUCUGAUAGGGGAGACGCUACUAUCGAAACAAUCAUUGGAGGAAACAAUGUCUGGAGUUCCGUACACAGCAAGCUUAUGCUUGCUACUACACGCUAUGGCUGGCAAUGCACCUUUGGCACCUGGAUUUUGCGAAGAGAAUGGCCAAAGCACUCAAGACCAUCGAGCAAGCUUGCGUAGCUACUCCAAUAGUUUGGCGCAGCCUCAUCCCUCUCGGGAUCACUGCCAGUGA